GGUUUGUGAAGCAGCAGAUAGACAGCCAUAUCACAGAUCCAGAUCAGCAGAACAACGGCCUCUCCCAGAGCGGACCACCACCCGCUCCAGAUCCACUGAGCGUCCUGACACAAACCUCAUGAGGUCGAUGCCUUCAUUAAUGACGGGAAGAUCUGCCCCUCCUUCACCUGCCUUAUCGAGGUCUCAUCCUCGUACUGGGUCUGUCCAAACAAGCCCAUCAAGCACUCCAGUGGCAGGACGAAGGGGCCGACAACUUCCACAACUUCCACCAAAGGGAACAUUGGAGAGAAACAAUGGAGUCAAGGAGAUAGAACCUUGUGAAGAAGUUACAUGGGAAGACCAACAGAAAAAGGUGAAUGGUACAAUAAUUGAUGACAUACCAUUGCCGAAAAAGAAACACCAAUCUGAGCCAGAAGAAGUGGACACCACACGGAGAAGACACGCAGGUGCUAUGGAUAUAGAGGAGAGAAAUCGCCAAAUGAAAAUUAACAAAUACAAACAGGUAGCCGGAUCAGAUCCCAGACUGGAACAAGAUUACCAUUCGAAGUAUCGAUCAGGAUGGGAUCCUCAUAGAGGGGCAGAUAAUAUUUCCACUAAAUCUUCGGACAGUGAUGUAAGUGAUAUAUCUGCGGUUUCAAGGACUAGUAGCGCUUCUCGUUUCAGCAGCACAAGCUACAUGUCUGUCCAAUCCGAACGGCCAAGAGGAAACAAGAAAAUCAGGCCAAAGGGAAUAGAAGAGGGAGGGAAAGAAGGGAAUAAACAAGAAGAAAUAGUUCAUGAGGAGGAGGAGGUAAAGGAAGAAAGAAUUAAUGAGAAUGGGAAAGGGAAAGAGAUUAUAAAAACAAGUAAUAAUGAAAAAAACAGAGAAUCAGGAGGCAAGGAAAAAACACAAGAUAUACCUGAGCAAGGGAAUGAAAAAGAACAGUGGAAGAAAGAGGAUUUGCAAAGGCGAUUCUCACAGGAUGAUGACAGUGUCUUUACCUCCAAAAUGCAAAGCAGACAAAUGGGCGUCUCAGGGAAGAGCAUGACCAAAAGCACCAGCAUCAGCGGAGAUAUGUGCUGGCUGGAGAAGAAUGAUGGCAGCCAGUCUGACACCGCAGUGGGCGCCCUGGGCACCAGCAGCAAAAAGCGGCGCUCUAGCAUUGGGGCCAAAAUGGUAGCUAUUGUUGGCCUCUCCCGGAAAAGUCGCAGCGCUUCUCAGCUCAGCCAAACGGGUAGGCAUUUUUUUGUUACUUUUGACUUCAUAGUUGAGCUGUAAUUAAAAUGCAUAUUUUUUUCUCUACUCAUUUUUUGCAGUAAUAUAUGG